GUGUUCAGCGAUCACCGCAACCUCCAGAACCUGUUGAUCCUGACGGCCAUCAAAGCCGACCGCACGCGAGUCAUGGAGUAUAUCAACCGACUCGACAAUUACGACGCGCCCGACAUCGCGAACAUCGCCAUCGGGUCGGAGCUGUUUGAGGAGGCGUUCGCCAUAUUCAAGAAGUUCGAGGUGAACACGUCGGCCAUACAGGUGCUGAUCGAGCACAUCAAGAACCUCGACAGGGCUUACGAGUUCGCCGAGAGGUGUAACGAACCGGCCGUUUGGAGUCAAUUGGCGAAGGCUCAGCUCAGCGACAAUCUCGUGAAGGAGUCGAUCGACUCGUUCAUCAAAGCGGGCGACCCCUCGGCCUAUAUGGAUGUCGUGGCCACCAGUCAUAAGACGGGCAGUUGGGAAGACUUGGUUCGCUAUCUCCAAAUGGCCCGCAAGAAGGCGAGGGAGGCUUACAUCGAGUCGGAGCUGAUCUACGCGUACGCCAAGACCAACAGAUACGCCGAUCUCGAGGAGUUCAUAUCGAACCCAAAUCACGCCGACAUCUCCAAGAUCGGCGACCGGUGCUUCGAUAACGGCCUCUACGAGCCCGCGAGGAUUCUCUACAACAAUGUGGCCAACUAUGGCCGACUGGCCAUCACUUUGGUGCACCUGACGGAGUUCCAG